AUGCGAGCCUCAGCACUGCGCUCCGGCAUCAUGGCCGUGAUGGCGGCGCCUUUCACAAGUGGCCUCGCUGUCCCUGACAUCGGCAGCAACGCCAAUCCCCCAGCAGCUGCAACAAGUUCAGACCAAAGCACUGUCAGGAUCCUCGUCUGCGGCGACUCCAUCUCCCAGGGAAGAGAGGGUGAUUUCACAUGGCGCUACAGACUGUGGGAAUGGUUUCAAAACAACGACCAGUCCAGCUCCCAAACAACAACAACAUCACCAACAUCGCAAUCUCGCCCGCCACAACCAUCCUCGCCCACAGCCUCUUCCAAUGCCAAUGCCAACAGUAACAUCAACAUAUUCCCAACACUCCAAUACGUAGGCCCCUUCAACGGCACCCUGCCAGCCUCAGUAGACGCAAUCAACGUCGACCCGACCAACCCCCAGACCUGGGGCACUUACCACCCCACCGUGUCACCACUCUUCUCCCCCGGCGGCGGCAGCUCGCACUUCGCCGUCUACGGCCGCCCGGCCUGGCAGGACAUCGAGCCGCUGCACGCCCAGAUCACCACGUACUCCCCAGACAUAAUAGUCCUCCACCUCGGCUUCAACGACAUCGGCUGGUGGGGCAACAACGCGAGCGACCUGAUCCUCAGCAUCCAGCGCCUCGUCUUCAACGCCCGCCUCGCCCGCCCCGACAUCAAGGUCCUCAUCGCCGACGUGUCGCACCGCCUCGCCGUCACGGGGAGGGAAGACAUCGAGGGCACCACCGAGCAAUACAACGCCCUGCUGGACGCCAAGGCCGCCGAGUGGUGGACCGCCGACAGCCCCGUCGAGGUCGUCAAGGUCAGCGAGGUCUACGACUGCCACACAACAUCCUGCCCGGCCGGCAUAGACGGCCUGCACCCCAACUCCCUUGGCGACUUCCAGAUCGCCCGCGCCUACACCCAGGUCCUGCACGACAAGUUCCACUACGGCGCCGCCCCGCUCGAGGUGCCCCCCGCCAACACCAUCCCGGGCUUCGCCGCCUCCUCCUCCGGCGGCAGCAGCAGCAAGCUCGUCGGCGGCGGCGGCCUCGCGCCAUCCCCCCCGGUGAGUUUCCUCGUCGCCGGCGUGGGCCUGCUGGCCCUGCUUCUCGUCGUCGCUCUGCGGCCCGAGUGGGGCCGCUUCCGGAGGGGCCGCUUCGGCUUGGGCGGCGUCAUGAAGGGGCGCUAUCAUCUCUUGCCAUCGAGGUGA